AUGUCAAUAUUCGCAGACUUCCUAGACAAGAUUAUGGAAGUUUUUAUGGAUGAUUUCUCAGUAUGCGGAUUCAAUUUUGAAGAUUGUCUAGCUAACCUUGAGAAAAUGCUAGACAGAUACGUGGAAACAAACCUUGUGCUAAACUGGGAAAAAUGUAACGUUAUGGUUACCGAAGGAAUAGUAUUAGGACGCAUAGUCUCUGAAAAGGGAAUUGAGGUUGAUAAAGCCAAAAUAGAGGUUAUAGAAAAUCUCAAACCACCUAAGACCAUUAGAGAAGUCCGUAGCUUUCUUGGACACGUCGGUUUUUAUCGAUGUUUUAUUAAAGACUUCUCUAAAAUAACAAAACCUCUAACUAGCCUUCUAAUGAAAGAUGUCGAGUUUAUUUUCGACGAAGAAUGUAUAGAAGCAUUCAACCUUUUGAAACAAGCACUGAUUUCCGUGCCUAUUAUGCAACCCCCAGAUUGGAACCAACCCUUUGAAAUCAUGUGUGAUGCUAGCGAUUUCGUUGUUGGUGUUGUUCUAGGACAAAGAAAGGAAAAGAAAUUACAUAAGAAGAAAUUCUUUAGUGGUGUAAGGUAUUUUUAUUGGGACGAACCUCUCCUUUUCAAAAUAGGGACAUACGACAUAUUUCGUCGCUGUGUCCCUGAAGAAGAGGUAGGAAAUAUCAUAAAACAUUGUCACUGCACACCUUAUGGUGGACAUGCAGACACAUCUAAAACAUACGUUAAAAUUCUCCAAGCAGGCCUCUACUGGCCAACAUUAUGGCGCGAUGUUCGUGCUUACAUUACCAUAUGUGAUUGGUGCCAACACAUAGGGAACGUCUCAAGGCGUGACGAAAUGCCAUUAAGAAAUAUCCAAGAAGUAGAAAUCUUCGAUGUUUGGGGGAUUGAUUUUAUGGGACCUUUUCCAUCAUCAAUGGGAAAUAAGUAUAUCUUAGUAGUUGUUGACUACGUGUCUAAAUGGAUUGAGGCUAUAGCCUUAACUACACAUGACACUCGAGUAGUGAUUAAGUUAUUCAAAAACAAUAUAUUCCUUAGAUUUGGAGUACCACGCCUUGUUAUAAGUGACGGUGGAUCACAUUUCAUAUCUAGAAUUUUUGAUAAACUUUUAGAUAAAUAUGGAGUUAAGCACAGAGUAGCAACACCAUAUCACCCGCAGACUAGUGGACAAGCGGAAGUGUCAAAUAGGGAGAUUAAAUAA